CAUCAAUGCAUUUCAUUUUUGCUCAAAAAUAUUUAGACAAUGGAGACAAUAGACCACAAAAAUCUGUGAGAGUUCAGAUAAAUUAGGUGUUUCUUUUGUCUUUCUCUAAAGGUGAAGUAAUGUGAUAUUUUUGUUCUUUUGAAAGUUAUGCUCUUUGCUGUUACUUAAAUGAAAACAUUUGGUACACAAAGUGUCCCAUCUCAACCCACCCAACCAAAAAAAUUAACUCUUGCAUGCUAUGCUUACCUAUGUCUUAAUGUUGAUAUUAAUUUUCGUAGUUAUACAUGAAUGAAAAAGUAUCAAUUGUGCAAAAACCAAAACUGGUAUUUUUUUAAAUGGAUUUUGACAGGUGACAUAGAGGACACAUACCCAUUCAGGCAAGCAAGUGCCCAACUACAUCUUAUCAUCCAGUUUCCAGUUUUGUACACUUCCGGUAAAGUCGAAGAUCAUGUCUUAAAGCGACAAGCAGAGUAUAUCUACAGUCUGCAAAAAAACCUGCAGAGUCCACAUGUGAGUCAAAACAUUACUCAGCUCACUGAAUUCAAAUUAAUUUAUAGGACUUUCAGGGGUGAGACUAAACAGAAUAAUUAUAUCUUCACUCUUCCCCCCAGCCCCAUAAAACCUGGUAAAAAUUAGUUUUAUUUCCUUUAGGUUGCAGCAGUUCAUAUUCUCUGUGAAAAAGACAAAGACCCCAUUUUCAUAAAAGCACAGAAUUUGGAACAAGAUUGGAAACUAGACUUCAUCAUUCUUGGUCGACGCAUGCACUAUAAAGAUGCCUUUGAAUUUGCCUCAAAACAUUUGAUUCAAAAAAACGUAAUGGUUAUGAACUCUGACUGUUAUGUACAUAGAGGAUUUGAAAAACUGGAUGAAAGUAUUUUGAGUAGGAAAACAAUGUAUGCUCUCACCAGGCAUGAAAGUGAAGAAAAUAUUCGUCUCUGUGAUGCCACAGAUCUUUGUGGACCAAAGUCAAAAUUUCAAGGAUCUCACGAUGGAUUUCUGUUCAGACUUCUCACACCAGUUUCCCCUUGGUUAUUGGACAAGAUUGACUAUCGCCCAAACAUUGGAGGCAUUGAGCAAGUUUUGAUUUUCAACUUCAGAAAAUAUGGAGGCUUUAAAAUAAAAAAUCCUUGUAAGAUCCUGCAUAUUGUUCAUCAUCACUGCAGUGGGGUGAGAAACGAGACAGAACGCGUUUUUCAAGGUCAACGUAUUGAUGACUAUCUUGAUGUUGCACAGCAUAGAAAACUUGUUUUGGCAGAGUUUUCUGGUUUAUAA